CGAUUGAAUUUGAUUCAAUAUGUAUAACCUCUCUCUCACACUUUCAACUUUCAACGCCACACACACUCGUCACAACUCGUGAUUCCACCGAACCACGACUCCAUAUUCUUAAAAAACCGUUUACUCCUUCAAUUUUAACUUAUUUUUAUAUUUUUAUAUUAUUAAUUAAUUACUCACCGUUCUGCCACCGCGCUUAUCCCAAUCGUAUAAACGUUCUUUUCUACUACCGCCAUGACUAGAAUGAGAAUGAGAAAUAUUAGCACCGUCGUCGGUGCAGCUAUCGUCACCGCAUACGGCGGCGCUGUGAUCAUUAACAGUCCUUCAAUUUCCGCCAACGAUUACGGAGGCGGUUCACGUCUCGAGGCUCUCCGGAAGAAGCUUCACGCUCCGGACGCUGUUGUUCCGUCGAGAGAGACGCAGCAGUCGGCGCUUAUGGCCGCUACCAAGGCGAAUCCUCUCGACGUUCUUGUAAUCGGCGGUGGUGCCACUGGUACCGGCGCCGCACUUGAUGCCGUGACUCGCGGACUCAAGGUUGGGCUUGUGGAACGGGAGGAUUUCGCUUCCGGAACUUCGUCGCGAUCCACGAAGCUUCUUCAUGGAGGUGUUCGUUACUUGGAGAAAGCCGUCUUUAACCUUGACUAUGGACAAUUCAAGUUAGUACUUCAUGCACUAGAGGAGCGUAAACAUGUUAUUGACAAUGCACCACACCUAUGCCACGCUUUGCCAUGCAUGACACCAUGUUUUAACUGGUUUGAAGUAGUGUACUUCUGGAUGGGCUUGAAAAUGUACGAUUUGGUUGCAGGAAGACAACUGCUGCACUUAUCAAGAUAUUAUUCCACAAAAGAAUCUGUUGAGCUCUUUCCCACUCUAGCAAGGGAGGGAAAGGAUAGAAGUCUAAGGGGCACAGUUGUUUAUUAUGAUGGGCAGAUGAAUGAUUCGCGGCUUAAUGUUGGAUUGGCUUGCACUGCUGCUUUAGCUGGUGCGUCAGUGCUGAACCAUGCAGAAGUGGUAUCCUUACUGAAGGAUGAUGCUGGAAAACGGAUAAUUGGAGCACGAAUUCGAGACAAUUUAACUGGUGAGGAGUUUGAUACAUAUGCAAAAGUGAUUGUGAAUGCAAGUGGGCCAUUUUGUGACGCUUUAAGGAAAAUGGUCGACAAAAAUGCAAAAGAAAUGAUUUCUCCUAGCAGCGGUGUACAUAUUAUACUCCCUGAUUACUAUUCUCCUGAGGGAAUGGGCUUAAUUGUUCCUAAAACUAAGGAUGGCCGUGUCGUUUUCAUGCUUCCAUGGCUGGGACGAACCAUUGCUGGAACUACAGAUUCUAGUACUAACAUUACAUAUCUUCCAGAACCACACGAAGAUGAAAUACAAUUUAUAUUGGACGCAAUCUCUGAUUACCUUAAUGUUAAGGUCCGCCGCGUUGACGUUCUUUCUGCUUGGAGUGGCAUUCGCCCAUUAGCAGUGGAUCCAACAGCAAAAAGUACUGAGAGUAUCUCAAGAGAUCAUGUUGUCUGUGAGGAUUACCCUGGUUUGGUCACCAUCACUGGUGGCAAGUGGACUACCUAUCGUAGCAUGGCUGAAGAUGCUGUUAACGCGGCUAUAAAGUCUGGACAGCUGACCCCCUCCAAUGGAUGUGUGACCAACAAUCUCUGCAUUGUCGGUGGUCAAGGGUGGGAGCCUUCUUCUUUUACAGUUCUUGCCCAACAGUAUAAGCGCAUGAAAAGUACACAUAGUGGUAAAGUGGUUCCCGGGGAAAUGGACUCUGCGGCUGCAAAGCAUUUGUCACAUGCAUAUGGAACAUUAGCUGAGCGUGUGGCUGCCAUUGCUCAGAAUGAAAGUUUGGGCAAGCGACUGGCCCACGGUUACCCAUAUCUGGAGGCAGAGGUAGCCUACUGUGCUCGUAAUGAAUAUUGUGAAUCCGCUAUCGAUUUCAUUGCAAGGAGGACUCGUCUUGCUUUCCUUGAAACUGAUGCAGCAAGAAGGGCAUUGCCUCGUGUGAUUGAAAUCUUGGCAAAUGAGCACAAAUGGGACAAUUCAAGGCAGAAAGAAGAGUUGCAGAAGGCUACCGAAUUUUUGAAGACAUUUAAAUCCUCAAAUAAUGCCCAGUUUCAUGAUGGGAAGCACAGUUAAUUGAAGACUUGAAGGAGAAGAAAGUUUUUACGUGACAAACAUUUUGGUAUUCAUUUCCACUGAUCAAUUGGUGACUAUGCUCGCCAUAGAGAGUGGCUACAGACAUAUUUAAAAUCAACUUUUACACAAAUUUGUCUCACAUUUGCCUGCAAAAAUAACGUCAACUUUUAUACAAAUUUGUCUUACAUUUGCCUGCAAAAAUAACGUUGGCAAGUUGGAUAGAUUGUUUUGCACAGUUACCUGCCAAAAUAAUUUUGUUGAGAUUGAUUGGAUUUUGCACCUCUGCCAAAGUUGUCCAUGAGAUAAGGACUUGAGGGUUGUGUUUUAGUUUGCCUCUCUGAUUUUGGCAUCUCGUUUUCCUUUUCUCUACAAUAUUUGAUAUUUAUCUAUUUAUGUAUUGACAAUGAGUUAUAAAAAAUCUUCUUAAGUGAAGGAGUUCUUCAUGGUACUUUUUA